UCUUGUGCUUCCUCUCAGUGUGUUUUUGCUCUUCAUCCUUCCAGGACCCACUGAACGCUUCGUCUCAGAGGAGCAUUUCAGCUUUCUGCAUCAGGUCGUCCAACAUGGACACUUUCUUCCGGCGCCAUUUUAAGAGGAAAGAGGCUGCUCUGCACGUUGAUGCAGAAGGCGCAUCAUUCCACCAACGGAGACCCAGCAUAGCCUUCCCAACCAGCAAGGCCCGUCGUAGGUCUGGUGCGGGUCUGCCUUCCUCCAGCCUGACCCAGCAGCGACGCUCCAGCCUCCAGCUGCAAGGUGAUGUGCCAGGUGCAGGGGGUGAACAGAUGAAAAAGAUGCCCAGGAACAGUAGGUGGGUAGGUCAUACACGCAGACGCUCCAGCACCACCACCCCCAGUCACAACCCACGAUUUGCGGUUAGCCGGAAGAAAGUAGGAAAGCUACGUAUGAUUGACCCCCACUUGCUGGGUCCGUCCAUGCUGCUCGCCAGCCUGAUCCAGAUGGCUGAGGAGGAGGAGGAAGGCCUGGGUGUGAGCCUACCAGCUACAGAGCAGCAGGUGGAGGUGAGAGGCAGUGCUACCAACAAGAGGAUGUUCUCGCCUUCCAGCAGUCUCCACUCAGAUGGAGAUGAUGAGAUGAGUAAUUGCUCCACCAGUGACGGCAGCACAUCAGAGAGUAGUCAGGUGUUUGAGCCUGAGCAGCUGCCUGAUGCGGACGCCUGGCACCCUGAUCCGUGUGCUGCUUUCUCCCCUUCUCCCCAUCCUCCACCUCCUCCUCCACCGUCAACUUCAAGACCCAUUAUUCGUGCACCACGCUGCUUAAGGAGAAACUCUUCUCAGGUUUUGCUGGGAGACUCCAAGCCCUCCAACUGGUAUUGUGUUUCCAGCCAGAGGAAGAGAAGAAAGAUUUCUACAAUUUCCAGGGCUGGAAGCCCCUGGCCAGGAAAAGGCGCUCCACUCCCCAACCGCAGGAGUUCAGUCUACUACCUGAACCACCCAGCCUUCCACAGAGGCCCCGGAGCCCUCAGUCCACUGGGGGUCCACAACUACGACUCCCGUCUGGAGAGUUGGAGUUCCUUCCUGCUAAAAGCCAUUGCGAAGUCGGGUCUGCAGCAUGUGGCACAUCAGUCCGACGUCUUGGCGUCUGCAGGACGGAGUGACCCGCUACAGGAGCCCAGCAGUUCUGUUGACUGGAGUGAAAAUGCGCAGUUUGGGGACCACAUCUGGUUUGAAGCCAGUGGAUCUGGAGACUUCUGUUAUGUAGGAGAGCAGUACUGCAUCGCAAAAACACUUCAAAAGUCGGUUCCACGGAAGAAAUGUGCUGGUUGCAAGAUAUCAGUCCACACAAUGUGUAUGGAGCAGCUAGAAAAGAUUAAUUUCAGGUGCAAACCUUCAUUUAGGGAGACAGGAUCUCGAGCCGUUCGAGAGUCUAACAUGGUUCGACACCACUGGGUCCACAGGAGGCGUCAGACGGGGAAGUGUCGACAGUGUGGGAAGGGAUUUCAACAGAAGUUUUCAUUCCACAGCAAGGAUAUCGUUGCCAUCAGCUGCUCAUGGUGCAAACAGGCGUAUCACAACAAGGUGACGUGCUUCAUGCUGCAGCAGAUUGAGGAGUGUUGCUCUCUGGGAGUUCAUGCUGCCAUCAUUGUCCCACCUACCUGGAUCAUCAGGGUCCGCAGACCUCAGUCAUCUUUAAAGUCCAGUAAGAAGAAGAAAAGGACAUCAUUGAAAUGUAACAAAGCCAGCAAGAAGGGGACAGAGCAUCAAGAUGGCCGCUGGAAGCCCUUCCUGAUUAAGCCCCUCCCUUCCCAACUAAUGAAGCCUCUGCUGGUUUUCGUGAACCCAAAGAGCGGUGGAAACCAGGGAACUAAGAUUGUCCAGUCUUUCAUGUGGUACCUGAACCCUCGCCAAGUGUUUGACCUGACAAAAGGCGGGCCCAAAGAGGGGUUGGAGUUAUAUGCCAAAGUUCCCAACCUUAGGAUCCUGGCCUGUGGGGGUGAUGGGACAGUGGGCUGGAUUUUGUCUGUGUUGGAUCAGUUGAAUCUCCGCCCACAGCCUCCUGUAGCCAUUCUGCCUCUGGGAACUGGCAAUGACCUGGCGAGAACUCUCAACUGGGGAGGGGGUUACACUGAUGAACCAAUAACGAAGAUCCUCUCGCAUGUUGAGGACGGAAACGUCGUGCAGCUGGACAGAUGGAACCUGAACGUAGAAGCCAACCCUGAAGCUCAGCCGGAGGACCGGGACGAGCACCAAACUGACAAGCUUCCUAUCGAUGUCUUCAACAACUACUUCAGCCUCGGUUUCGAUGCGCACGUCACGCUGGGCUUUCACGAAUCCCGAGAGGCAAACCCAGAGAAGUUCAGCAGCCGCUUUCGGAAUAAGAUCUUCUAUGCAGGGACGGCCUUCUCGGACUUCCUGAGUGGGAGUUCUAAAGACCUCGCCAAGCACAUCAAGGUUGUGUGUGAUGGCACAGACCUGACAGCCAAAGUCCAGGAGCUGAAGCUACAGUGUCUCCUCUUCCUCAACAUCCCCAGGUACUGUGCAGGCACCAUGCCGUGGGGUAACCCCAGUGAACAUCAUGACUUUGAGAGACAGCGCCAUGACGAUGGGUAUAUCGAGGUCAUCGGCUUUACCAUGACCUCUCUGGCCACGCUGCAGGUGGGGGGCCACGGCGAGCGACUCCAUCAGUGUAAAGAAGUGACCCUCACCACCUUCAAGUCCAUCCCCAUGCAGGUGGACGGUGAGCCUUGCAAACUGGCGCCAUCGAUCAUCCACAUCAGCCUGAGGAACCAGGCCAACAUGGUGGAGAAGGCCAAGAGGAGGAUCUCCAUGCCCCAUCUGAACGAUCAGCAGCCGGUUCCAGAGAAGCUGCAGAUUCAAGUGAACAGGAUCAGCAUGGCAGCGUAUGAGGCUCUGCAUUAUGAAAAGGACCAGCUGAAGGAAGCCUCCACGCCGCUGGGAACCAUAACCAUCCCCGGAGAAAGCGACCUGGAGACAUGCCGCCUCCUCAUCGAGCGCCUGCAGGACAGCGUGGACCAGAAUGGUGAUGAGAUGAAGGGAGACUGUCCGUCCACUCAGAAACUUUCCAAAAAGUGGUGUUUCCUUGACUGUACAACCGCUGACCGCUUCUACAGGAUAGACCGAGCUCAGGAACAUCUGCACUACGUGACUGACAUCUCUCAGGAGGAGCUGUACAUCUUGGACCCGGAGAUGGUCGUCAAGGAAACGGUCGGCACUUCUCCCGGGAUGCCUGACCUGGUGGAUCCUGAGGAGCACCAGGAUGAGCAGUUUGCCUUUCCCUCCUCUCUAACCACCUCAACCACACCGAGGGGGAGAGAGCUCCAGAGGAAGAGGAACUCUAGUGACAGUUCGGUGACCGACACUCUGUCCAGGAAUCUCCGAAAGACCGUCCUCUGCAGGAGAGGGGCAAAGAUUCUGAAUGUGCACCGCUCCAAUACAACCCUUCCUGAUUUCAGCCCCAUGAUUAGACCCUCCUCUGACAAAUCGACAUUUCCUAAAAAGGAGUCAGAGUUGGUCAACUGUGUCAAGACUGAAGACCUGAGCAGACUAAUGGAGCUCCACCAGCAGGGAGCAGACAUUUUACUACAGGACAGUGCAGGCUGCACGCUGCUGCACCACGCUGUGGAGACCGGCAACAAGGAUAUAGUCAAGUACCUCAUCGAUAAUGUGCCCACAUCUCAUUUGGAUGUAACAGAAAAAGAGACAGGAGAGACGGUGCUCCACAAAGCAGCCUCCUGCUGUCAGAGGACUAUCUGUCACUUCCUGGUGGAGGCUGGUGCAUCGCUAAUGAAGACCGAUCUUCAGGGUGAGACACCUAAACAAUGUGCUGAGAAGGCUGAUGACCAGGAACUGGCUGCCUACCUGGAGAACCGGCAACAUUAUCAGAUGAUCCAGCGAGAAGACCAGGAGACGGCUGUGUGACCACGUCUGUCCGAACCUGCCUGACCGUCUUUGUUUUCAGUUUAGUUGCGUAUGUCCCACAAUGACUUUGAAGAGAAACAACACCUUUGUAAUUAAAGUAUCAGGCAGGUUGAUGAAGUCGAGUGAUUGCUCCCCUGCUGUGAGGAGGAAGGGAGGAGAAAAAGGAAACUGUUGGAUCCCAUUGUAAGUGUAUGGCAUUUACUUUUUGCCCCACCUUCUCUAAAUGACUAAAAAACAAGAGUAAAUCAAGAGCAAAACGGUUUGUGGGUGCCUAAGGACAUCUGUGUCUGCUACUCGGGUCCAAGCUCCAGAACAUAGAAGUGAGCAGACACUUUGGGAGAAUUUUAACUGCUUUGAGGCCAGAAAGAUGCUGUUCAGUGAUGACGUGUCAGCGUUUUUACCUCUUCCCCCAUUUGUAGAUAAAGUGCUGUUGGACUGAAGAUCGGCUGCUUUGACCAAACGAUGACUGCAACGAUAAAUGAUCAUACAGGAGCUUAAAGAACUUUUUUUUGUUUGUUUUGCCAGCUCACAGAGAUAAACUCGAAAAUAUGUUUUCUGUCAGGCUUAUAGUGACCUUGUGGAUGUAUUUGUUUGCUCAAAAUUAAUUGCUCAAAUGUCACAUAUUUAAAUUACUUACCAAUGAAUUUAGCUAUUUAUAAUUUAUUUUUAGGUGUGAAACUUGCUUGUGAACAAAAACAGUGAAGCAAAUAUUUUGGCGUCUGCAGUUUCUCGCAAUGUUCUGGUUUCACUUUUAGAUUUCAGUCACAGCUUUCAGUAUAGAUCUACAUAGACUGUUUUUCUUUCGUUUUGUUAAACAUAGUUUUCUGUUAAUUGUACAGAAAAGUGCUUAAGGAGUUGCUUUAAUUGUGAUGCGUGUCUACUGUGUAAAUAGAUGAACUGUGUGGUCGGCUUACCAGUGUUGGAAGUUAAAGCCACAUUCUGCCAAAGCAUUUGAAUGUCUUUAAAAAUAUGACUUACAGCUGGAUAACUUGUAUGGUUUGAUCAUUUCUGACCUGUAAUAAAAGCACAUUUAACUAGUCUCUCUGAAGAAAUUAAACAGGUAAAAACAAGAAGCUUUAUUUGAAUGGAGCACAUGCACUAAAACUGGGAUUUAUGUAAUAAUUUGUUGUGUACAGCUGUGACCUUUACCAGGAAAUGUUUUAUUAGUUUUAGACAUAGUAAUCUUCUCUUUUGUCACUCAUUUGUUUGGUUGUAGUAGGAUUUUUCACUGUUGAACAGUUGGAGUGAUUCAUUGACUUUGUGCCGCGCCUUGUGAAUAUUUUGCCACCACAAGGUUAAAUUAUUUUGGAAAAUCAGAAACUGGGAAGAGGCUCAAACAUAUACCUGAUUAAAUAGCAGAAUCCAGUAUUUGUUUGCAACCUAGCUCGUCAAUCUCAUUUUGAAGCUAUAACCGUGCCUGUAGGUCAGCUAAAUUUGGCUAACUCAGAGGCGGAAAAACAAUAUCAACAGCAGCAUGGUGCGCCAAAACCAGCAUAACAUGACGACAUGUUUGGUGAUUUGCUAGCUUUAAUUUUUGGCUUUAAUUGGCUGUCAAAACAGAGGCACCACUGUCCACUCAGUGUCCCCAUGUUGGUUUGAUCAGUUUUGUGUAAACCGUAAGUGUCUGAAUGAAGUAGGACUUGAGUUUGGGCCUGCGGGCCACAUUUUACCCCCACUCCCUUUGUUUUGACCCACUGUGGCAACUGACAAACUCUCUGCAAAUUAAUAAAUUAAUGUUAAAA